AUGAUGCCGUUCUGGAUCUCACUACUUGGAAAAGAAUUCCUGCAGGGAUUUUCAACGGAUUUCAAAAUUCAUAUCCCUUAUGCAAAAAUUACACGUUCUCUCGUUGCCCUUGUUGUUCCACUUCUCAUCGGUAUAGCCAUAAAGAAAUGGAAACCGGAAUGGGCAGCGAAGUCACGUAAGUGGAUUCCAUGGUGGACAGCAAAGACGGCUUGA